AUGGCUGGCGGAUAUCAGCUCCUGAAGGGCGAGUCUGACGAGACGGUGCCGCGCAGGGUGUUUACUGGGCGCCGGAUCCUCAUCGCCGUCGGGUUUGUUGUCGGUACCGCUGCGCUCUCUCUUUUCUACACAUUUCCUUUCCGCCAGGCGCAUGAUACGGCAGAAUACUCUACGUGGAUGCUAGGCGAAGAGUCUCUGAAGCAAUGCGUAUCCGGCGUGCCACCACUCGCUGCCGCGCCAGCACCGACCAAUCCUUGGGCGUCACUCACCGUGGACGAGACGGUCGCCAUCUAUAACUGGCUCUUCGAGCCCACGCGCGGCCUGAAUCUCACCUCGGGCGACAAGGCAACCCUCGCUGACAAUAUGAUCUAUCAUAUUGGGGCCUAUCGCCCUGCCAAGGAGGAUGCUCUUGCCUACCUUGCUAACCCAGACUCGCACGCUGCCCCAGAUAGAUACGCUAGAGUGACAAUUCACCAUAGCGCUACUACCGUGCCAGUGGUAAAGGACUGGUUGGUCGGUCCGCUACCUGUGGGCCCGAAGACGGCCAUGCGGCAGCUGACUGAGAUCUACCACCGCGAUGAGAUCCCACAUAAUGCGCGUGGGUUCACGACACUCUGGGAGAUGCAACCGUUGCUGGCGACAAUCAUGCCACCCCUCGCGGAACUCACUCAGGAGCUGUUUGGUGGAGUUGCGCUUGGCCUUCCAAACGAUACUCUCGUGGCGGGUGCCAUCGCCCCGCUCAGUAUUGACGGCUCCUUCCGCCGCACUUGGGUUAACUGGAGACGGAACGUCGCUGGGCCGUACCUUCACCCCGUCGGGCUCUUCCAUUACAUCGACAUAACUGGCACGGACCCAAGAAAUUGGAAGCUCAUUAAAAUAGUAUAUAAUCAUCAGGUUUUCUCCAGCACCGACGAAUUCUUGGAAGCGUUCCAUAACGGUACUCUCAAGCGCCUUCCUGCGCGACCUGACCAGCGUACCGACGUUGCGUGGAGCAGACGGGAGCGCCCCGACAUCCCUCCGCGCGACUUGGACGACCUGCCUGGUCCGCGUUCCGUUUCCUUCGGAGGCCUGCGCUUCCGUGUUGAUCCCGCCUUGCAGUUCAUCAGCUGGAUGUGGUGGGAGAUGUACUUGGGCUUCGAUAGAGACAUGGGCUUAAGUCUCUGGGAUAUACAUUUCCGAGAUGAACGAAUUAUAUAUGAGCUUGCGCCGCAAGAGGCGAUUGCGCAUUAUGCUGGUAACGACCCCAUGCAAUCUUCGACAGCCUGGCUCGACCGAUUCUUCGGCAUGGGCUCGUCCGUGCGCGAUAUGAUUCCUGGCUACGACUGCCCACACGAAGCGGUGUUCCUUCCCGCCACGACGCACUCGUUCGAUGGAAGCAUCACGCGCGAGCGUGCGAUCUGUGUGUUCGAGCACGAUACUGGCCGCCCGCUGACGCGGCACUUCGGAUACGCAGAGGGAGAGUUCGGCGCCGUGAAGGGUUACGAGCUCGUUGUCAGGACUAUCUCGACUGUCGGAAACUAUGAUUAUUCUGGUCGCUACAUCAAAAUAAUUUUCGACUACAUAUUCCAGCUGGACGGCACGAUCGAAGUGCGACUAUCUGCCUCUGGCUAUCUCCAGGCGGGCUUCUGGGAACCCGCUCAGGAAGGGUACGGAACGGCUAUCCGCGACACGACAAUGGGUUCGCUGCAUGAUCAUGUUAUCAACUACAAGGUUGACCUGGAUGUCGCUGGCCUUGAGAAUUCGCUGCUGUUCACGAGCACUGCGCAGGAGCAGGUCACACAGCCAUGGUUUGAGGAUGACUGGGGCAAUACAGUUAUUCAGCAGAAGAUCACCCGCACGUACAUUGACAACGAGGACGAUGCGCUGCUCAAGUUCCCUCCAAAUUUCCAAGGUGGAUACUCGCUGGUUAACACCGCGGCACACAACCGUUGGGGUAUCCCUCGCGGGUACGCGAUUCACCCCGGGUACUCACCGGUGCACAAUACGGUUGUGGGCUCACCACGGCUACUGAACAAUGCAAACUGGGCUUUGUACAACAUCGCCGUCUCGUGCCGCAAGGAGACGGAGCCUUCGUCGAGCACCAUGUGGAACUUGAAUCUCCCCGGGAAGCCGAUGGUAGACUUCCACCGGUUUUUCGACGGCGAGAACCUCACACAGGCGGACCUGGUAGCGUGGGUCAACAUUGGAAUGCACCAUCUGCCACAAGCAGAGGACGCUCCCAAUACGCGCACAAAUCUCGCCGCAUCCAGCUUCUUCCUCACACCGCUAAACUACUUCGAUUCAGAUAUUUCGAUGGAGUCCACGAACGCAAUUGUGAUAACUCCGCCAGUUACGCCUGAUGGCAAGUGGACUCACGACGACUACGGUGUGGGCGCCGUGCACUGUGUUCCGCCCGCGGUGCCGCCAUUCGAAUAUACAGGAGUAAAGGUCUUCGGGCUUGACGGGCGCCCUGCUCCCCCGGCCAGCGUAGAGGAAAUGCGGAGGGAAGCGGAGCAGUACCACCGCAUCAAGCUGGAGCUGUGA